AGCUGAUGACACUGAGUGAGCUGAAAGCACUUGUCUCCUCCAUCUCGUUGUCCUUUAAUCAUCUGGGGCAAGGCAGCUGACGGAGGAACUCACUUAAGGAUGAUAGAGAAAAGGGCACGAAUCCUCACCUCCGGAUGAGCGGCCCGAUGAACAUCAACCACUAUGCGACGAAGAAGAGCGUGGCGGAGAGCAUGCUGGAUGUGGCGCUGUUCAUGGCGAACGUGACACAGCUCAAAGCAGUGCUGGAGCAGGGGGCUUCCUUCCAGUACUACAUCACCCUCAUCGUGCUCAUCAGCAUCUCCCUCUUCUUCCAGGUGGUGAUCGGGAUUCUCCUCAUCAUCAGCGCUCGCCUGAACCUGAAUGACGUAGCAAAGCAACCCCACCUGAAUAUACUCAACAAUGCUGCCACAGCUCUCAUCUUCAUCACAGUCAUCAUCAACAUCUUCAUCACAGCCUUUGGGGUGCAGAAGACAGGCCUCUACCCUACCAGGAAUUUUCGACCUUAUUAAGUCAAGGGGCAAUGGAGCCAGGUCCUGAGCCAUGUGCCUGGUGGUGGAAGAUCUCCUCUGUAUUUGCACCACUUCAGCAGGACCCCAUCAAUGAAUGCAGAGAACUGGGUUAAACUUUCCAAACUUGUAUGCGUUUCCUGUCAUGGCAGCCCCUUGCUGUGAUGCUCGUGCAGUUCUGCAGGGGUGACAACUUCCACCGCCAUCUGAAACUAGAGCAAACUUUGCAGCGAUUUCUAGAGAAAGCUGCAGAAACAG